AACCCUGGUUGGUAGAAAGGGGAAUUAGAGCCCAAAUGUGAUCAAUGUGAAAUGAAAGGUCGACCAAGUGUCCUCAUUGACUGCUGGGCCCCUGCCUAUCCAGUCACUAUUGGACUGACCGUAGAUCUUCCAAACAUUUGAGUUCACCAAUGAUCCUUUCAGUUGGCCAAAAUUUCCCACAUUUUACAAAUUAAGAAAUAUAAAGCUAAGAGAGGUCAGUAGCUUGCUCUAGCCUCCAGGAAGCAGAAGAGAACAGAUUUAAGGCAAAAACUUCCGGGCUCUACAGGUCCCACUUUCUCUAGGAUCCAACACUGUCAAUCAUUUGUCACAAGACAAGGGCUGUAGUAGAGAGCUGUGCGGGGUGGGCAAGAGGAGCAGAGUGAGUCAUGGGCUGGCUUGAUGUCCAGGCAGCUCGCACAUGCAACAGGGGUACAGUGAUGGAAAUGACAAUCUGUUCUGUGCCUGUUUCUUCCCCUUGAGCAUUCGGAGCACAAGGAAGUAUAAUACUGCCCUUGAAUUCCCAGCAUCUGGCCAAGAUGGCACUUAGAGAUAUUUGCCAAAUUAAUCAAAAACAAAUGUCUACUUCCUAUGCAGAUCUGCUAUAGAGUCAACUAAAGUUAACAGAUUUGUUUUCUCUCCCUCUUUUUAUACUAGAAAGCUAAAGCAACCAUUUCCAUACUGUCCUUUUUACUGAGACCAUACACAAGGGCCAGAGUUGUAGAAAAAUAGGAAGAGUAAGUCAGAACGAGUGGGAAACGAAGGGUAGCAAAAUAAAAGGAAAGAAUAAGAUACAAUGACCACUCUUCUCCUUCCAAAGACCAAAGACACCAAAUUCUCAAAAGACCCAUAUUUCCCCACCUGGUAGAUUUCAGUCUACUAAAGGUGUUGCUUCCUGUUUUGUCUGAAAUCGUGGAUAGGCCAGAAGAGGCGAGCACAGCACUUGUUAGUCUGUUUCUCCAGCCUGGAGCUCCUGCUACAACUUAUACUGAUAAACAGAGAAUUGCACUACUCCCAAGGAGAGGUUAUGAAGUACUUUCCCCAUAGUUAUCCACACUUGCGCUUAAACAUACUUGUAAGUUACACAACAUUGCCCAUUUGUAUGUAAGAGUUUAAAUGCUUAACUCAAUCUUAUAUCUGGUAAAUCAUGAAAACAGGUUUCAUAUUCAAGUUCUUUAAUUCCAGAUUUUUCCAUGAUGCCAGCCUUAUUUGCAGUCUGUAUCUGCCUCUUCCAAAUCUUUUUUCUUUGGCAAUUUAUUUAUACAUUUCGUCAUGUUUUGUGCACCAGACACAUGUAGGGUUGUGCUUGAAUGUUGACCCAUGCUUACCAUCAUUGCUUAUUUUACUUCCCAUGGUCAUCUACAGUUCUCCCCUGCCCUGGAAACUUGGGUAAACUGGAGAGAUAUAGAACUUCCAGAAUUGCACUGCUUUCUCUCCAGACUUUACUUGACUCCCUGAGACCACAUCACAUCCUUAUGUUUCCUCUCUUAUGGAGAGUAGAUACAGGGGAUCAAGUGUAUCAACUUGGCCCAUGUGAUUGAACAUAUCUAGCUAUGGCAUAUCAUUAGGAUUGCAUUCUUUUAAGAAUAAGUUAUUCUUAUGGUUCUUUCAUUCAACAGUUUCUGUUCUCUCUGACUCUCUGCAGACUAAUAAUCUUCACAUUUUUUAAUGGAAACAAAUAACCAGACAUGGGUGAGAGAGUUUAUUCUCCUCGGCCUGUCCAGUGACUGGGACACACGGGUCUCCCUCUUUGUCCUCUUCUUGAUCAUGUACUUGGUGACGGUUCUGGGGAACUUCCUCAUUGUCCUUCUGAUCAGACUGGACAGCCGACUCCACACUCCCAUGUACUUCUUUCUCACCAACCUCUCCCUUGUUGAUGUCUCUUAUGCCACAAGUAUUGUUCCUCAGAUGCUGGCACAUUUUCUUGCAGAACAUAAAGCAAUCCCAUUUGUGAGCUGUGCAGCCCAGUUAUUUUUCUCCUUGGGCUUGGGUGGGAUUGAGUUUGUUCUACUGGCAGUGAUGGCCUACGACCGCUAUGUGGCUGUGUGCGACCCCCUGCGAUACUCGGUCAUCAUGCAUGGAGGGCUCUGUACUAGGUUGGCCAUCACAUCCUGGGUCAGUGGUUCUCUCAACUCUCUCAUGCAGACCAUCAUCACCUUUCAGCUGCCCAUGUGUGCAAACAAGUAUAUUGAUCACAUAUCCUGUGAACUCCUAGCUGUGGUCAGACUGGCCUGUGUGGACACCUCCUCCAAUGAGAUCGCGAUCAUGGUUUCUAGCAUUGUCUUGCUGAUGACACCCUUCUGCCUGGUCCUCUUGUCCUACAUCCAGAUCAUCUCCACCAUCCUGAAGAUCCAGUCCACAGAGGGAAGAAAGAAAGCCUUCCACACCUGUGCGUCUCACCUCACAGUGGUCGUACUGUGCUAUGGCAUGACCAUUUUCACCUACAUCCAGCCCCGCUCCAGUCCUUCUAUCCUUCAGGAGAAGUUGAUUUCUGUCUUCUAUGCCAUUUUGAUGCCCGUGCUGAAUCCCAUGAUUUAUAGCAUAAGGAAUAAGGAGGUGAAGGGUGCCUGGCAGAAACUACUAGGGCAGUUAUCUGGAUUAACAUCAAAACUGGCAACUUGAUGAAUCCUGAGCAUUAGCUAGAGAAAAGAGCUUUGCCUGUGAAUUCUUUCACUUAACUAGAUAUGGCAGGCAUCACCUGCAUUGCCCUGGAAACCAGGAAGGGGAUGCUGACACAUGUACUGGUGAUGCUGGGUAGGAGGCUGGAGGGUGGGUUGGGGUGUGGGCUGUGGGUGUAUGUUUAUGUCACAACAUCAUGUUCAGUGGAGUUAAGCACUGUGGUAAUGGAACUUCCCACCCUUACUCAAUCUCCAUUCAUAUGUCCUGGCAGUAAUGAACAAAAAGUACAGUUUGCUGUU